UUGUUGUCGUACCGCAUUUCGUAGCGUGGUAAUUAAAGUGUUUAGCAAUAUUGAUUUAAAUUUAAAUUUCCUCGUGAAAAAUGUACCCCCAAAGCUCUCAGAAAAGGUAUUGGACCUUUAAAAGUGAGCAGGAAUUGGCGGAGUUGAGACUGAAACAAAACUACAAUUUCAUAGCUCGACAUGGAGCCGGCAUGAGUGAAGAGCAAAAAGCUGCAUUUUUCUUGUCAGCAGAUGAAGAGCGACUUCUGCUGAAGCAGUAUGAGCUUCAACUGAAAGAAUUCUGUAAACGGUUCGAACCUCCAAUGCCAAAAUACGUCGUAGGUACGGCUUUCCACUACUUCAAACGGUUCUAUCUGAAUAAUUCCUCUAUGGAUUAUCACCCAAAGGAAAUUCUAGCUACUUGCGUUUAUCUUUCCUGUAAGGUGGAGGAGUUCAAUGUAUCCAUCAGUCAAUUUGUUGCGAACAUAAAAGGGGACCGGAGCAAAGCGAUGGACAUUAUUCUUUCCAAUGAGUUGCUGUUAAUGCAGGAGUUGAAUUACUAUCUCACCAUUCACAAUCCGUUCCGACCGAUUGAAGGAUUCCUGAUUGAUAUUAAGACUCGAUGUAAUAUGAACAAUCCGGAUAGGCUCCGUUUAGGCAUUGAAGAUUUCAUCGAUAAGACAUUCCUCACUGACGCACCAUUGAUGUAUGCUCCUUCUCAGAUUGCUUUAGCAGCAGUUCUGCACGCUGCCAGUAAAGAGCAGGAAAAUUUAGACAGCUACGUUACCGAAUCGCUGUUUGGGACAGCAAAAGAAAAGCUACCAGUAUUGAUAGAAGCCGUUCGGAGAGUACGAUCAAUGGUGCGGACCAUCGAGUUGCCCCAGAAGGAAAGGGUACGAGCACUGGAAAAGAAGUUGGAGAAAUGUCGAAACCAGGAAAAUAAUCCCGAUAGUCAGAUUUACAAGCAACGGAUGAAAAAGAUGUACGAAGAUGAGGACGAUGCUGAGCUCAUGAGUACCUCAUACCACAUGAAUGCCACCGACGUUAGUUUAGAUAUAUCGCAGCUAAAUAACAGUAAUCCUGCUAAUAUGUCCAUAGAAUGACUGAAAACCCAGGAGAAUCGCACUGCUGC